AAGAAACACGGGAGGGGAUUCGUAGUGACGCCAUUUCUCUUUGCGUUGGCCAGUUUGCGGGAGACCGGCGUUGUGGUUGUUGUGGAGGUGCCAUCUUUCUGUAGCGACGCUUACAAGAUGGCUACGUUGGAAGAGGCUGGCGUCUCCGCGUUGGUUUACGAUUAUUUGCUGAAGAAAGAUAAUUCUUUAGCACAAGCUUUCAAAAAGAAGACAAAUGCGAACAUUUUGCCUAAAGGUUCGCCGACACUUGGCGAUGUCUUCAAGCAUUACCAAACAUCAUGUCCCCCGAAGAAGAAAAUUCAAGUAAAGCCUGUUUCCAUGCAAGCAGAUAGCUCAGACUCCAGUUCAGAAUCAGAAGAUGAAGUUCCUCCCAAAACAACUGUGAAUGGAAAUGUUCAACAAGGAAAGAAAGCAGCUCAAAGUGAUUCAAGUGAUUCGGAAUCUGACUCAGACGCCGCACCUCCGCAAGUGAAAGGAAAGAAUGUUCCAGUAAAUUCCAAAAUAGCACCAGGAAAAGGUCAAGCAACACCUGGAAAGAAAACUGCUGUUCCUCAGAAACAACAACAACAGCAGGAAAGCAGCAGCGAAGAAGAUAGUAGUGAGGAAGAAGCUAAACCUGCGCCACAUGGAAAGAAUGUUGCCAUAAAUGCAAAGCCACAAGGUACCUCUUUGAAGGGUCAGGCCACACCAGGCAAGAAAGUUGUUGCUGCUCAGAAACCACAGCAACAGCAGGAAAGUAGCAGUGAGGAAGAUAGUAGCGAUGAUGAUGAUGAUGAUGAAGAAACAACUGCACCGCUUCCAAGUAAAGGAAGUAUUGGCAAGCCUCAGGCCACACCUGCUAAAGGCCAAGCCAAGCUCACUAAGGGUCAAAACAUUCCUGCAAAGGGUCAGGCUAUGGCUGGCAAGAAGGCUCCUGUUCCUCAGAAACCACAGCAACAGGAAGAAAGUAGUGAGGAAGAUAGUGAUAGUGAGGAAGAAGCAGAAACAACAGUGAAGCUGCAGCAAAAAGUUGCACCUGCUAAAAAAGUGAAAGAUGAAUCUUCAAGUGAGGAAUCGUCAGAUGAAGAUGAGCCAAAAGCACCAGUAAAAACACCAGUUAAACCUCCUGUGAAAAAGGUGACCGUGGCCCAGAAACAGGAGAGUAGUUCUGAAGAAACAGACAGUAGUGAAGAUGAUCAGCCAAAUAUUAAGGCUGCCAAAUUGAAGGCAGCGACUCCGGUUGCCAAACCACCACCACCUCAGAAAGGCACACCCUUUCCCCAGAAGAAAGCAGCUGCUGCAGCAGAAUCAAGUUCAGAGGACUCUGAUAGCUCUGAAGAGACUGGCGCAAAACCUGUGAAGCCAGCUAGUGUUGCAAAGCCUCAACAGAUGGUACAAAAAAAAAAGCAAGAAUCAAGCUCUGAGGAAUCUAGUUCUGAAGAGGAAGAUGAACCUGCAGUUCCAGCUAAAAAAACCAUUACUAAUAAAGCUGCUGCAGCAGAGGAGAGUUCUGAUGAUUCUGAAGAGAGUGAAGAGGAAACUGCCCCUCCUACAGCUCAGAAAAGAAAACAUCAAUCUUAUGAUGGAGAGGAUAAGCCCAAACAAAAAAGGAAUUCACCCUUUAGAAGAGUUCGUGAUGAAGACUUUGCGAUAGAUCCUAAGUUGACUGAUAACUCAUUUGAAGCAAAGGAUGGUGAGGAAGAGGAUGAGGGCUCAAAACCCUUCUUUGAAGAUCGAAGGGGUUCAUUUGGGCAGGGCAGAGGUAGGGGGGCAUUCCAAAGGGGUGGUCGGGAUGGCUUCAGGAACAAUAGGGGUGGUUUCCAAAGAGGUGGAUUCAGAAAGAGUUUUGGUGAUAGAGAUGAAGAAGGGGGUGGUGGUGGUGGUGGCGGCAGCGGUGGUUUUAGAGGUGGACGAGGUGGUUUCAGAAAUGAUAGAGGUGGAUUCAGAAAAAGCUUUGGGGAUAGAGAUGGGGAUGGCGAAGGUGGCGAGGGUGGGCCACGUAAAAGCUUUGAUGGAGGUAGGGGUGGUGGUUUUAGAGGUAGAGGUGGUUGGGGAAGAGGGGGCAGAGGCAGGGAUGGAGAUAGGCGGAGUUGGGGAGACGGUGACAAGGGCGGUAGAGGAGGCUGGAGAGGGCGAGGUGGAGGUGGGGGUGGUUUCCAGAAUAGAGAAUCAUUUGGAAGCUCAGAAAAUAAGAAGAUCAAAUUUGACGAGUAGAUUUUCUGAGAGGUGCUAGAGGUUCUUGGGGUGAACGUGCCAAUCAAGUUUUGAAGUUCACAAAAGGAAAAUCCUUCAGGCAUGAGAAGACAAAGAAAAAGCGGGGCUCUUAUUCUGGAGGGUUGAUUUCUACUGAAGUGAAUUCGAUAAAGUUUGAGGACUGAUUUGGACACUUGUAUGGUCAAAGUGUAAUGUGUUAACUUGCUUGCAUAAUUUAAUAUGCAGCUAGAUUUUUAUGUAUGUUGGAAAAGUGUGUGAUUUGAAUAAGUGAGUAUGUGUAUUGACAGUUACUUCUCAUUCUUGCUCUUUUUGUUGAGUAAUCUCUGAGUCACAUUUUCUAGAAUUUGAAGUGGGCUUGUUUGAGUAUUAAAUUCUUUCCUGUGAAUAUCCGUGCUCUGGAUGAAUGUAUAUAUACUAAUAUUGUAGGGGCAUAAAAAUUUUGCCUUGAAAUAGUGUGUCUGAAAUAUUGUGAGAAUGUGUAAAUGAUUUAUAGUUGACAACUAGGUAAUGCACAUUACUUUUGUAUUCAUAUGUUAAAUAGACAAUUACAUCCUGGAAUGUUUUAUUUAUUAUACUGGAAAUGGAUCCAAAUUGUUGAAUACUGAUGCCAAACUGCCCUAAUGUUGCUUUAGAUACAGGUGGACUGGGGAAUCUUUAAAAACUUUUUGUUCCAAAUACAGCAAUUUCAUUUAUUCUAACAAUGGCAACCAUUGUGCUGUAGGCAUAUUUCUACCGCAUUUCUUUGAAAAACAUGACAAAAUAUGCCGGUAACAAUAAAAACAAAAUUGCUAAUAUUUGUAAAUUUACAAAACUGAACAUACAAAAAUCCUGUAUCUAAUGCUGUACAUGUCUAAUUCUAUGAGCUUGAUUAUUUUUUCUUCAUUGAAAAUUUUUUCUUUCAUUCUUUUUUUCUCCAGUUGCUCUGGAGAAGCCGGAAUUUAUUCAAUUUCCUAGAAUAGUUUUAUUUCCUGGAGCUGGUGAGGCUCUUUCUCAUUACCUACAACUUGUGCCAAGGAAAACCUAAUGGUCCUACAGAAUGGCAUACUAGUUGGAUUUGUCUUUGUUCUGGACUAGCUUAUCAGUAUUGUCAGAUGCCAUCUAUUGCUGCUCAAGCGACCUUUGAUCUUUUAAAAAACUACAAAAUUUAUAGCUUUUCACAGAAAACUUUUGAGAAACUUAAUUGGAAGGAAUUUGAAGCACUCCCAUUCCUAAAUGCAAUAAUGUAUUCAAAUAUCUCAAAAUAUGCAAUAGUGUGGAGUAUUUCAAAGAGAUAAAUGUUGUGUAUUUUGGGGGGUAGGGAAUGAAUACAGCAAAAUGACUUCAUCUUAACCUGAGUUUUGAUGUCAAUGAAUGAAUAAAAGGAAAUACAAAAUUAAAAAAAAAAAUUGGAGCCCUUUUUGAGAAAUUGGCAUUUGAGGUUUUGAUAAU